AUGAAUCCCGUGCGUACUUUACUUGGUUUCCCGACAGGAGACAUGACUAUUGUGCUGCUAUAUGAAGCACCCGUUGGCAUUGCAAUUUUCUCUUUUGAUGGGGACUACCUCAAUGAUCCAGCAAAGGUUCUUAUGAGUCUGAAAGAAUUCGUACGAAAUGAGACGGUGCCCUCCCCAGUUGACAUAGCUAAUAAUGCUAUUGACGAUCACCUGGCCAAGAGGCUCACCGACUUGUGUGGUUAUGAGAAGAAAUUAGUUGUAGGGUGUACUGAAUGUAAAGUAAUAAUUGAAAAGAACCUGGGAAUAACAUGUCUGCAUGUUGACGUUCCGGAUUGUGAGAUGAGAAUUUGCACUCAGAAGAAGCCCAUGCAUACUUUAUUGCCUAAAAGACUAUCAGAUCCUACUGAAGAUUCAACGAUAUUCUUACAUCAACAUGACAUUACUUGCAACCUCGAGACGGUUAACGACUAUUGUUAA